CAACGGAAGCAGAAGGAAUUUCACCCACCUUUGAAAAAGUUCCGAUCGUAAUCCAGUCAUCUUUGGGGUCGUUGAUUGGGUUUUUCCGUCUUUGAUUUGAUUUUACCUUGUACCGGAAGAUAAAGAGAGUCAGUAGCGGUGGGAAGGGAUGAAAAACGAGGAGCAACCUCGGUCACUGUUUGGGAUUUCUCUCUCUGAUAAACCCAAGUGGAAGCAAUUCUUCCUCUGUUCUUCGGGUUUUUUCUUCGGUUACCUCGUUAAUGGCAUCUGCGAGGAAUACGUCUACAACCGUCUCCAGUUUAGUUAUGGUUGGUACUUCACCUUUGUACAAGGCUUCGUUUAUCUGGCAUUGUUAUACUUACAGGGAUUCACCACCAAGCAGAUGGUGAAUCCAUGGAAGACUUAUGUGAAGCUCUCAGCGGUUCUAAUGGGAUCCCAUGGACUAACCAAGGGUUCUUUGGCUUUUCUGAAUUACCCUGCUCAGCUCAUGUUCAAAUCCACAAAGGUGUUGCCGGUGAUGGUAAUGGGUGCAUUUAUUCCAGGUCUGAGACGGAAGUAUUCGGCCCUGGAAUAUGUUUCUGCUCUGCUUCUUGUAGUGGGUCUGAUCAUCUUCACCUUAGCAGAUGCUCAUACUUCUCCCAACUUCAGUGUAAUCGGUGUUAUAAUGGUGACUGGUGCUUUGAUCAUGGACUCAUUUUUGGGUAAUUUCCAGGAAGCAAUCUUUACAAUGAACCCCGAAACCACACAGAUGGAGAUGCUCUUCUGCUCAACUGUUGUUGGGCUGCCUUUCUUGAUUCCUCCCAUGGUUUUGACUGGGGAGUUGUUCAAGGCCUGGAAUUCAUGCUGGCAGCAUCCAUAUGUAUAUGGAGUGCUAGUUUUUGAAGCAAUGGCCACCUUCGUGGGUCAAGUCUCAGUAUUGUCUCUCAUUGCCAUUUUUGGGGCUGCUACCACAGCCAUGGUAACAACAGCUAGAAAGGGUGUAACACUACUGCUAUCUUACCUGAUAUUCACGAAGCCGUUAACUGAACAGCAUGGGACAGGGCUAUUGCUCAUAUCCAUGGGCAUCGUAUUGAAGCUUUUACCUGAGAACACCACCAAAUUCCACUCCACUAAAUCCACAACUUCCCCUGCAAUUGCCAAGACCUUGAAAUCUUCUUUCAAAGAAGAGAACCCUCUAAAUAGCAAUCAAGAAGAGGAUGAAGAAAGGAGGUCUUUAGUUUGAUGAACAGAAAUCGAUCACUUUUUUGUAUUUGUUUUGUAAUUUCUCAUUUUUCUCCUUCAUUUCCAAUCUGAAAAUGAAUUAAAAAAAUGGAAAAUAUAAAGGAGAGAAUUUUUGGAAA